CUCACUUUGAUGACGUGUACAGUUUCUAUUUACUGAGGAACUGUCGCUGGUUUCGUGGAGGCGAUUUUUCGAACCAAAAACACGCAUUUCUUCCCGACGAACAGGCUGGGAUCUUGGAUGGAGUGAGUGUUGAGGCCCAGUGAGAUGACAGACCAGGGCAACAACAACCAGAACAUCUCUUGCAACCCCUUCGCUGCCCUCUUCGGUUCACUGGCCGACGCCAAACAGUUUGCAUCAAGCCAGAAACCACAACAGCUCUCUGCUCAACCACCACUGGAGGACUCGGGAGAAAGCCAGUCGGAGUCAGAGAACUCUGUGUCCGACAGCGUUGAUGACAAUGAUGACUCGGUGGCAGAGAUUAGCCGCUCCUUCCGAUCCCGGCAGGAGCUGUGCGAACAGCUCAACGUCAAUCACAUGAUCCAGCGAAUAUUUCUCAUCACUCUGGACAACAGUGACCCAAGUCUUAGAGGAGGUAACGGAAUCCCUCCUCGUUGUGUUUACCUGGAGGAGAUGGCUGCAGAUCUGGAUGGACAAGACUGGCUGGACAUGGACAACAUAGAGCAGGCUCUGUUUAAUCGUCUGCUGCUGCUAGAGCCAGGAAACCACCUCAUCUACAUGACAUCAUGCAGCGCCGUUAACUUGUCUGCAGACCGUGAUGCUGGAGAGAAAUGUGCCAUCCCUUAUCUUUUCGCUUGUUACCAAAGAGCUAAGGAAGAGGUGACGAAGGUACCUGAGAAAUUACUCUCAUUUGCUGUCCGCUGCAAGAACCUGACGGUUUCCAACACGCGAACAGUUCUGCUCACCCCGGAGAUCUACAUCAGUCAGAAUGUGUAUGAACAGCUCCUGGAUUUGCUGCUGGAAGGUUUCAGCGGAGCACAGCCAGAGGAGGUGGCUGAAUUUGUGGAGGAGGUUAUUGUUGGCCUACUCUCAGACCAAGAGGUGCGUACCUUCGAGGAGGUGAUGGUACCGGUGUUUGACAUUUUCCAGGGACGCAUCAAAGACUUGGACCUCUGCCAGCCUCUCCUCUACUCCUACCUUGAGGUUCUCCUCUAUUUCAGCCACCAUAAAGAUAUUGCCAAGGUGUUUGUGGAGUACAUUCAACCCAAAGACCCAGCUAAUGGUUUGCAAUAUCAGAAGACUCUCCUGGGCACGGUACUUAAUAUCUCCUGCUUGCUGAAAACUCCAGGAGUGGUAGAAGGUCAUGGCUACUUCCUGAAUCCCUCUCGCUCUAGUGCACAGGAGACCAAGGUCCAGGAGGCCAACAUACACCAGUUUAUGGGCCAGUUUCACGACAAGCUGCACCAGAUCUUGAAAAACUUGCUCCAGCGAUCUGCUGAGACCCGCCACCUGCUGCUGUCAUGGUUGGGCAACUGUCUACAGGCUAACGCUGGCCGAGCCAAGAUCUGGGCUAAUCAGAUGCCAGAGAUCUUCUUCCAGAUGUACGCCUCUGACGCAUUUUUCUUAAACCUCGGAGCAGCUCUGCUAAAGCUGUGCCAGCCGUUCUGCAGGCCACGUUCGCCCAAACUGCUCACCUUCAACCCUAGCUACUGCGCCCUCAAAGAGCUGAGUGAAGAAGAGAGACGCAAUCGCAGCGUGCAUGCAAAAGGUCUUGAGAAGGAAACCUGCCUGAUCCCCGUGCCCCCCCAGCAGCCGGUGGAGUCUGCACAGUCCUACAGUUUACUCACAGAAAACCUCAUCCUCACACAACUCACAAUGCAUCUCGGCUUCCACAGACUCCAUGAGCAGAUGGUGAAGAUGAACCAGUCUCUCCACCGGCUCCAGGUGACGUGGCAGGAGGCCCAGCGAACAGGCAACCCCAUGUCGGAGCAGCUCCUGGAGCAGUUUGAGCGUCUGAUGAUUGUUUAUCUGUCAACCAAAGCUGCCACUACGCAGCCUGCCAUGCUGCAAUGCUGCCUUAACCUCCAAGCUUCCACUGCUGCUCUGCUCGUCCAGCUUGGCAUGGGAAACCAGGGGUCUGAACAUGUAGCACUCAGUUUUCCCCUGCCCUCCCUGCAGAAUACCAUGCUCUGCUACGUACCAGAGUUCUUUGCAGAGAACUUGGGAGAUUUUUUCAUCUUCUUGCGUCGGUUUGCGGACGAUGUCCUGGAGACCUCGGCUGAAAAUCUGGAGCAGAUUCUUAACUUCAUUACUGUCUUCAUGGGCAACGUAGAGAGGAUGAAGAAUCCUCACUUAAGAGCAAAGCUUGCAGAGGUCUUGGAGGCAGUGAUGCCUCACAUGGAGCCACUGGCUCCUGGUGCUGCUCAGCCAAUCGUGUUCCAGAGAGAGAGAGUCUUCUGCACCUAUAGACAUGCUCCUCAGCUGGCCGAGGCCCUCAUCACUGUGUUCGUGGACAUUGAAUUCACAGGUGAUCCUCAUCAGUUUGAACAGAAAUUCAACUACAGGAGACCCAUGUAUCCAAUUCUCAAGUAUAUGUGGGGUAAAGACAACUAUAGAGAGAGUAUCAAGCAUUUGGCAAACUAUGCAUCUGAGAACCUGGAGGCCAUGAACCCCCCUCUGUUCCUCAGGUUCCUCAACCUCCUGAUGAACGACGCCAUCUUCCUGUUGGAUGAGGCUAUUCAGUACCUGAGUAAAAUCAAGAUUCUUCAGCUGGAGCGAGAUCGAGGGGAGUGGGAAGGCCUGGCCCCUGAUGCCCGAAGAGAGAAGGAGUCCAGCCUACAGAUGUUUGGACAGCUGGGACGCUUCCACAACAUCAUGUCCAACGAGACCAUUGGCACUCUGGCCUUCCUCACCUCAGAAAUCAAGGGCAUCUUUGUUCACCCCUUCCUGGCUGAGAGGAUCAUCUCCAUGUUGAACUACUUCCUGCAGCACUUGGUGGGUCCUAAGAUGGGUGCUCUUAAAGUCAAGGACUUCAGUGAGUUCGACUUCAAACCCCAGCAGCUUGUUUCUGACAUCUGCACAAUCUACCUAAACCUGGGUGACGAGGAGAAUUUCUGUGCUACAGUCCCAAAGGACGGACGAUCGUACUCUCCCACUCUCUUCUCCCAGACAGUCAGAGUCCUGAAGAAGAUUAACAAGCCUGGGGACAUGAUUGUGGCUUUUGGGCUCAUUGCAGAUAAAAUAAAGUCUCAUGCGGACCGGCAGCAGCAGGAGGAGGAGACGUAUGCAGAUGCUCCGGAUGAAUUCUUGGACCCCAUCAUGUCCACUCUCAUGCUGGAUCCUGUUCUUCUCCCUUCUUCCAAUGUAACAGUAGACCGCUCAACUAUAGCAAGGCAUCUUCUCAGUGACCAGACAGACCCUUUCAACCGCAGCCCUCUAACCAUGGACCAGAUCAGGCCAAACGAGGAACUCAAACAGCAGAUCUUACAGUGGCUGGAUAAGCAUAAGCAGGAGAGGCUGCAGCUGGGACCCAGUGGCUAGCCGUGUGAUCUCUCACUGUGACAAACAAUGACUCUUCUCUGCAUCGCUGUUUUUUUUCUCCCUGGCCCGCCUGCUCCUCUGCUUUAUGGCUAAUCCGAGGUGCUCAUGCCUCUAUGGAUUUGUUUUGGCUCCUCCAGUCCGACCAUCAGUAGCCCUUUCUUGCAGCUUUCAUGCUUAACGGAUCAACUCUGUCCAAACAAACUGUAGCCCACCUGCUGGUGCCACCUUCAGACUCCAUACACAGUAGCUGUUAUGCUCCCAUGGUUAUGUCCCAAACAUUAAUAGGGUGAUGCAGCCUCUGGUUUCUCUGUCUCUAAAUCUAACUAGUCAUUACAGUCAGAACUGUGGACGUGUCCAUUCAUACAGUACGUGAAUGUACUGUAUGAACUCCCAACUGACCGGCUGGGCUUAAACAGGUUUUAUACAGUCAGGUAAGUAUUUGUGGGAGCUCGCAAGCCAUGGAUGGAGUCAUUUCUGAUUUAAUUUCACUUCCUUACAGAACAUGUCAUAAACUGCCUUUCAAAUACCCUGUGUGUUUGCCCUCAAGGGGACCUUAACCAAUGUUGUAAACACGAACAGCAAUUAAAAUUUAAGUGUGACUUUUGAUUUUAUAACAUAAGAUUAGAUUUACUGAGUGGCUUUUUUUUUAAAAAAAAAAACAUGUUCUCACGCAGAACAAGAUUUCUGUAGCACAAAACUAUAUUGGUAUUUUGUUCCACGGUAAGUCUGAAUUUUAACAUAUAGUGAUUAGAGAUUAUUAAUGUGAGUGCUGGUUGGAUUCUCCGACUUUGACUAAAAGUUCUCUGUUUAUUCAAACCUUAGAUGAUUCUUGUCGAAGGGUCCUUACACAGACCACAUUUCUUGACAUUAAACCCCAAAAAGACAAAAAUACAGGGUUCGGUUCAAGUUUGACUGGCAGUGUACAUAACACCCAUCGUCAUCCUUCAAAUUAACACUCGUCACAGAACAACUGAUGUAUCCCGAUCUAGCAUUUUGAACAGAUUUCUUUUGUUGUGUGCUAGCGUACUGUAUUAACGUGUGGGCAAGCAGUGGGUCAAUAGAAUCGGUGCCUAAAACCAACAGCCUUGCAGUAUAUAUCGGCGAAUGAGGAUCUGAUUUGUUUCAUACAUCUAACAGACACUAUUAUGAGUUUGUUUAUUUGAGGAAGAGAUGGAGCUGUGCAGUAGAAUACAAAAGGAAAAAAAAAGAUGAGAAGAUGAUUAAUGUUGGUGAGCAGCAUUUUGUAUUGAAAGGUUUUAAUUCAAAAUCAAGCGUGCUGAAAUGGUAAGAGAGGAUGAUGAUGUAUUUGUUGGCAUGCUUUCAUACUGUGUUGAAUAUCUACCACCUCCCGAAUGAUAACUUGGUUUAAAUUAUAAUGCAAUAUUUUUGUUUUAACUGUGAUCAUAAAAUGUUUAUGUUGGAUGUACAGUAUGAUUAAGAAAUAAAACUAAUGUGCGUUAUAUAA